AUGAAUAAGAGGCUAGAAGGGAUGUGUUACUAUGUCAACUGCUAUGGUCUUAUGGCUGAUAGAAGAGUCAAACUGUUCUCCAUAUACAGUCUUGGAUGGAAGAAUCUCCAAAGCAGUCAAAAGCAAGAAGCAACUAAGCAUUGUAACUGCACAAUAGUUGAUGUUGAGAAUACAUUAGCAAAGUUCACUUGGGCUAAAGAAGCACAUAAGAAAGUGAAGUUAAAGGAAGAAGGGAAGCCAAUGCCAAAGAGUUUGGCGGAGGUCCAAAAGCUGAUGGGUUCAACACCAAUGGAUCUUGCUCGGUCGAACUUGGCUAAAAGUGGACAAAUAAGUCGGAAUGCACUCUGCCCAUGUGGUUCCAAAAAGCGAUACAAGCGGUGCUGUGGGAGGGAUUAGAGAAGAGGGAGAGAGCACACUGAAAGAAAUCGAAUAAAAAUUUGAAGUGCAACUCUGGAUUGGUGAGAUCAUUCUUGGAGAACAUAGAAUUUAUUGGGAAUUGCUCGUGAUAGCUCAUAAGGGCUGUUGGUUCAUUUUACAGACAGGAAAGCAUGCAUGACCCAAAAUGCUUGUUGAUUUUUGCUCAUUUUGAUAAAAUAGUCUGCUCAUGGGUUCAGUGGCUUCUUGUAAUUUGUACAUUGUUUCGGCAGUGAUUUCAGGAUGGAAUAGAUUCAACUAUUGAAUGCCGAAAACAUCCAUUGUUAUUUAACAUUGUGUUAUCAACUUAAGUUUCGGCUGGGAAAUGUGUUGAUCUGGGUUUGAUCUUUACGCAAGAGGCUGAGGGAGUGGCAGCACUUUUACCAUUCAUACAUCUUGUGUUCAUAUCUUUGUUUGCACUUACUAGCCUAGGCUUACUUAUGCAACUCUUUGAAGUUAGAAGAUCACUAGUUUGAAGGAGGAAGGGAGUAUAUAUGUAUAUAUAUGUAUAUAUGAGCACGCCUGCUUGUGUGGCCCGAGCUUUGGACGUCCAGUCUGGGCACUAAAUGGUCGUCAUUGUUGGUAUUUAUUAUUAUUUUUUUAAUCUAGUGGUUUAUAUCUUGUACUCCAAACGCAUAUUUACUCUGUUUACACAUCUGGGUUCUCUUUAGUUUCAGUCACUUUCUCUUUGGUUCCCUCAA